AUGGCUCCAAGAUGUAUGAUGAAUACGUUGUUAAGGAGAGGCAGUGCUUACACACGGUGUCUUCAUUCACAACAUCCCCCUGAUAUUUACACUCCCAUUGCUCAACCAGUUCUGGCACCAGUUCCUGUCUCUGUCCCGAAGAAGAACAGUUCAAAGAAGUACAAACGACUCAGCAGAAGACGUCGAGGGAAAGUGGAUCCAGUAUCAAGUGAGGGUAUCAUCAAUCAUGACCUUUUAUCCAUCUCAGAAAGCUACAGUACAAUCCUAAUACCGGAAGCAUUAAUCGAGCACUACUAUCAUCGCGAGAACAGUCGCAUUGUGGAGAGUUUGGAAAUAAUUAAGGUCAUCAGCACAGGACAUGGCGUUGGCAUAUGUUCUCUUGAACAAGGUGAAGGUAGAAUGAUUGUCAUGGUGCCCUUCACCACUGUUGGUGAUAUCGUCAAAGUCAAACUUGGGAGACACCAUUCUGUAUACGCUGAAGGUGAGAUCAUGAGUGUGUUGGUACCCUCAUCGCUGAGAGACGACUCGUUAAUCAGAUGUAAAGAAUUUGGCAAAUGCUCCGGAUGUCAAUUGCAGAUGAUUCCGUAUCAAGAACAACUUUCAUUCAAAACAGAAGUUGUAAGGAAUGCAUACAGACAGUUUGGUUUUGCUGUUGAUGACUUGCCCAUUGAAGGAACCGUUGCAUCUCCAUUGCAAUACAACUACAGGACUAAACUAACGCCACACUUUGGUUCUAGAAGGGAUAAGAUCACACUUGGCUUUGAGUCAAGUGGCACGAGGAGGCUCUUUGACUUGAAACAGUGUUCUAUUGCCACUGAAGUAUUGAAUGGUGCCUUGCAGAAUGAUAGGGAUGAAUUAGAAACCAUUGUGAAAAAAUACAAGAAGAGUGGAACAGUUCUCUUGAGAGAUAAGUCUGUAAAUGGCAUGAGAGGGUAUACCACCAAUCAUACAGAAGUUAUCACACAACAGAUCCAAGAUUACAAAUUUCAAUUCCCAGCUGGAGAGUUUUUCCAGAAUAACAAUUCGAUUCUACCUGUUCUGCUAGCCCAUAUAAGGACUUUCUUGAGACCUGGACUGCACAAGACCAUUGUUGACACGUAUUGUGGAUCUGGAUUCUUUGGGAUUUCUCUAAGCAAAGGAAUGGAGAGACUCAUUGGGAUCGAGAUAUCUAAAGGCUCACUGGAGUUUGCAACGAGAAACUCACAGUUGAACAAUCUUCGCAACGCAGAAUUCCUUCUCGGCUCAAGCGAAGAGAUAUUCAAGGGACUGGACAACGUCGACCCAGGCGAAACAGUCGUGAUUCUCGACCCCUCAAGGAAGGGCUCAAACCACGAUUAUCUGAACCAAUUGGCAAAGUUCAAGCCAAGUCUCAUUGUGUACGUAUCGUGCAAUGUACAUAGCCAGGCAAGAGACCUACAGUACUUGCUCAACAACACCGAGAAUGGAAACCAAUACGAGGUUUCAGUCAUCAGAGGCUACGACUUCUUCCCACAAACAAAACACGUUGAAUGCCUUGCACAGAAUCCAUUGCUAGAUCAAGGAAGGAUGGACUUGUCAAAGGACCUAUCACAGGUUUCAAUUGACCAGCCUGAGGAUAAAUCGUUCGAACAUGGCGACUACGCUGGUGAACUGGAGGAUUACGACGAUGCCUUAUCGCAUUCCACCAACUUCUCGUAUGCUGAGGAGAAGACCAUCAACGACCAAGACGCUAAGAUGAGGGCCUUUGAAGAGAUUCCACUUCAAAGAGAUUCCAGUAAGAAGACGGUGAAGUCGAGACGUUCCUCAUCUGCGCUUUUCAGCCAUCCACCACCGCCACCAGUGACAAAGCCCAAAAUUGCUGUCUCUCCGAAGCUGGUGCCAAAGAAGCCGUUGAAGCUUUCGAAUUCUUAUAAACUAGGGGGCAGAAAUGAAGGUGUUGAGGAACAUGACCACGAGACAGACGACAUUCCCUCGCCAGAAUUGGUUGAGCUGUAUGGUCAUAUCAAGACAUGCCGUGAGUUGAGAAAGAAGUACCAGACUGUGUCAUACCAAUACCCUGAACAGAACCCAAAGAACCAGGACGACUGGCAGAUCUACCCUCCACCUCCAAGACCAACCUAUGAUAACAAAAAGAUCCUCCCUGAGUCAGCUCAACCGGAUUCAAAGACCUUUGACAUUUCUAAAUGCCACAUUCCACCAGCUGAUGAGACCGUGGCUAUCGGCAACAACAGCGAUGACGUUCUGCAAGUCAUUGACUCAGAUGGAAAGCCAUUGGCCACUGACAUUCCGACGUUGAGGGACUAUUACAUGGAUAUGGAGAAGAUCAUCUCCAUAUCCUCGGAUGGGCCUGCUAAAUCGUUUGCCUUUAGAAGACUGCAAUACCUUGAGGCACGUUGGAACCUGUACUACUUGUUGAACGAAUACGAGGAAACAAGUGUCAGCAAGAAAAACCCACAUAGAGACUUUUACAACGUUAGAAAGGUCGAUACCCACGUUCAUCACUCAGCUUGUAUGAACCAGAAGCACCUGUUACGGUUCAUCAAGCAUAAGAUUAAGAACUAUCCAACUGAAAAGGUUAUCUUCAGAGAUAACAAAGUGCUGUCUUUGGAAGAGGUUUUCCAGUCUCUUAACUUGACUGCCUAUGAUCUGUCCAUCGAUACGUUAGAUAUGCAUGCUCAUAAGGAUACUUUCCACAGAUUUGACAAGUUCAACCUCAAGUACAACCCAAUUGGCGAAUCCAGAUUGAGAGAGAUCUUCCUCAAGACUGAUAACUACAUCCAAGGUCGGUACCUUGCAGACAUCACCAAGGAGGUGUUUAGCGAUUUGGAGAACUCCAAAUACCAGAUGUGUGAAUAUAGAAUCUCAGUUUAUGGCCGGUCCAUCGAUGAAUGGAGUAAAUUGGCUGCUUGGGUAAUUGAUAACAAGCUACUCAGCAACAACGUCAGAUGGCUGGUUCAAGUUCCAAGAUUGUACGAUGUCUACAAGAAAACUGGGCUGGUUAAAAGUUUCCAUGAGAUCAUUAGAAAUUUGUUCCAGCCUUUGUUUGAGGUUAGUAUCGAUCCUUCAAAGGAUCCUAAGUUGUUCGUCUUCUUGCAAAGAGUUAUUGGAUUCGAUUCCGUUGAUGAUGAGUCUAAGGUGGACAGAAGAUUCUUCAAGAAGUAUCCAAUUCCAUCGUUAUGGGAUGCUCCUCAGAAUCCUCCUUACUCCUACUAUUUGUACUACCUCUAUGCAAACUUGGCCAAUUUGAAUAGCUACAGAGUCAAGCGUGGGUUCAAUACUUUUGUCCUAAGACCACAUUCUGGUGAGGCUGGUGAUCCAGAGCAUCUGAUCAGUGCUUACCUAACGUCGGAAGGUAUCUCGCACGGUAUUCUGUUGAGAAAGAUUCCAUUUGUUCAAUACCUGUACUAUUUGGAUCAAGUUGGUGUUGCCAUGUCGCCAUUAUCAAACAAUGCCCUUUUCCUCACCUAUGACAAAAACCCAUUCCCUUACUAUUUCAAGAGAGGGUUGAACGUUUCGUUAUCCACAGAUGAUCCUCUGCAGUUCUCAUACACUAGAGAACCUUUGAUUGAAGAGUACUCUGUUGCAGCGCAGAUUUAUAAGCUUUCCAAUGUUGAUAUGUGUGAAUUGGCCAAGAACUCCGUGGUUCAAAGUGGAUGGGAGAGAUGUAUCAAAGAGCACUGGAUCGGACAGGAUUAUUCAAGAGGAGGCAUUGAGGGUAAUGACGUGGAAAAGACCAACGUUCCUGAUAUCAGAGUUGCUUAUAGAGAGGAGACUUUACAGACAGAGUACGAUCUUAUCGAGUACUACUCUAGUAUGUGUCUUGAAGGUUAG